GUCCAACACAACCCCAAUUCCCAACCAGAGCGAAAGCCCAGCAGGACGCACAGGCCGCGGUCAGCACCACCCCGUUCACCGGACCGGACCCGGCCAGCCAUGGACAGGCACGUUCGGCGGCUGCUCAACCGCGUGUCGAUCGCCCUGGCGGCCGUGGCCACCGCCGCGCUGCUUCACCUGUUCCGCCACCACUCCUCCUCCUCCUGCUUCUCCGGCUCGCCCGCCUACUCGUCGCUCUCGCUGGCGCCCUUCCCCCGCACCUCCUGCGACGCCGCAUCGCGCCGCGUCGUCGACCCCGACCUCCGCCUGGCCAAGCUCCGGUCUUCCCCGCGCUGGCGACGCCACAACGCGGCCCUCUCCGCGUCGGUGCUCACCUCGCUCGUCUCGCUGCGCAUCCUCGGUGGCUCCUCCCGCGUCCUCUGCCUCGCGGCCGGCGCGGGGCAAGCAGUGGACGCGCUCCGCGUGGCCGGCGUGGGGGACGUCACCGGCGUCGAUCUCGUGGACUUCCCACCGCUCGUGCGCCGGGCGGACCCACACAACCUCCCCUUCUUCGACGACGCCUUCGACCUCGUGCUCUCCGACGACCCGGCGGCGCUCACCGGCGCGCUCUUCCCGUCCCGGUUCGCGGCUGAGAUCGAGCGCGCCGUCCGCCCUGGUGGCGCAAUCGCGCUCGCGGUCGACCGGCACAUCGAUCUCUCCAUCGUCGCCUCCCUCUUCAGAAAGUCACGCGUUGUCCAGGCGAGGAAUGCUACCUUGGAUGGCACUGCGGCUAGCGUAGUGAUCCUUAGCACCAACACGAAUCGCCAUUGAUUCCAUCCCUCACUGUUCCAUCCCUAGCGUAUCAGUAUUGUUCUGUUUGAUCCGUUGGAAUUUAGGCACCGUGUAGGAUAUCGUAGAGAAUGCACAUAGGCUUGCUUAGGGAUCUUUGAGUUGUGAUGCUUGAGUAAAUUAAGCAGGAACUACGAUCCUUCGAUUUGGUGUCAGAUCUUCCCUUCACUAGUCCGUACAAUGGGCUAUGCACUCGUGGUUCUCCAUUCAAUCACCAUAAUUGCUUGCUUCUUGA